AUGCUGUCAACCAAAUAAACAAAAACAUAUUCAUUAAUUAUGAUGCAACAUCUUUAAAUAGUGCUAUUGUUCAAACUUCAAAGUCAACCUACCAACCACAAACUCUUUGUAACCAUUGAGCAACCUCAAAUCGUAGUCUCUUAAUGUUCCUCCACACACCAUAUUUUAUUUUAUUUUCUUCAAAAGAAAACAGAAAUAUAGACAAGUUAUUGUUUUUCAUUGCAUGGACCGGAGAGCCAAACUGACGAAAGUUUGGUCCUCAUGAACCCCAAAGGUAGAACCAAUCUCAACCGUUCAAUCAUCGGUGGUCAUGAUCAUGGCUCGAUUCUACAACUACUCCUCUUUCUGCUACUCCUCUCCAGCCACGGUGGAUUUAAAUUCGUCGCGGGUCAAGCCACUCACGGUGGUUCAGACGUUUCCGGAGAUAGCUCUCGGUUUGACCCAACCAUGGCAAUACUCAUGAUCGUCCUCGUCAGUGUUUUCUUCUUUCUUGGGUUUUUCUCAGUCUAUAUCCGAAGAUGUCUCGAGCGAGUCAUGGGGAUGGACUAUGGAAACCCCAACGACGCCGGAAACUGGCUUGCCACGAACCGGCAACAGGCGCGUGGGCUCGACGCGUCGAUCAUCGAGACUUUUCCAACUUUCCAAUACUCCACCGUGAAGACGCUUAGGAUCGGCAAAGAAGCACUCGAGUGUUCUGUUUGCUUAAACGAGUUCGAAGACGAUGAAACGCUGCGUUUAAUUCCUAAAUGCUGCCACGUGUUCCAUCCUGGUUGCAUUGACGCUUGGCUCCGCUCUCACACCACGUGUCCUCUUUGCCGCGCUGAUCUUAUCCCCGUACCGGGUGAAUCCAUAGUCUCUAUUCAAAUACCUGGUUUAGUUAACGAUCCUCCUGGUUCUGAUCCGAACGGUGAUCGGAUUAGAUCUUUAGGUUCUCCUGAUGCGCGAUUGAUUGAGUCAGUGGCGUUAACUUGUAACCAGAGCAUGCCACGUAGGUCUAUGUCGACCGGAUGGAAUUUAGCUGGAAUGUUCACGAAUUCUGACCGGACCGGUCAACAUUCAGAGAAUCUCGACCGGUUCACGCUUAGAUUACCACAAGACAUACAUAAUAAGUUAGUGAAUCCCAACCUUUCAAAAGUUCAUGUGGCCUUACCUCAGGUGAUGAGUUCAACGAGAGGAUAUAGAACCGGGAGCUUAGGGAGUGAGAGAAAUUAUUUUUAUUAUGAACGGUUCGACCAAGAUGGCCGGUUAGAUCGAAGACCAUUCUCCAUAACUCCUCCGUACCGGACAAGUUCGAUCAAUCACAUGUCUCCAGGUGGCAGUGGUGGUGAUAAGGUGCGUGCUAGUUCACCCAAAAGUUUGCUUCUAGCUAUGCGAUCGCCGUUCGAUCGAUUAUUUCUUGGAAAGAACAACAACGUCGGGGAAAAUUCUUCGGAUCACCUUCGUUCCUGUGAUGCUACUCCGUCAAAUACUGUAUAAUUUGGUUAUUGAGAAAGUGUCUCUGUACAUAUCUUUAUUUUCUUUCUGCAUUUUUCAGUUUCAAUUAUAAUGUCCCGGAACAAUCGAACAUACGAAUUAUGGUUUAAUACGACAUUUAUGAAAUUUUGGGGAUAAAUUAUAAAUAAAGAUAUUUAUACGGGAUACGUAUUGAAUUA